AUCUCAAAGAUCCUGAUGGUGGAGAACGCCUUUCCUUCGACAUCUCCACCGAGGCCAAGUUUCAGAGAGAGGCGGCCAUACGAGCCAGCGCGAGAAUCGCUUUUCAUAAAAGCGAAGGAGAUGCCAAACUUCGGCGAGCGCUCAUGCAAAGAGCGCGCGCAGCCACACGGCCCUUUGAGCACGGGGAGGCCGUGCGCUACUGGAACAAGCCGAAAGACAGACGACAGGGCCGAUGGAUAGGUCCGGCUGUGGUGGUUGGACGCGAAGGUCCGAACUACUGGAUAGCACAGGGCGGGCGGUGCCGCUUGACUUCGCCAGAACACCUCCGACCCUCUGGGCCCGAAGAAUCGGGCGAGUUCCUGUCGAUGGCCGGGGUGAAGCGGGAGGUGGAGCUCCUGCUCCAAGAGGACCUCGACAAUGAGGACGAGGCCGAGAACCCCGUGAAGCUCGACGACUACCACGACCGCGGAGACGAGCAUCCUCGGCGGAGGAUGAAGAGGAAGACGCCACCUGAGACCGUGGAGUGGGAUGCGAACCUGGCCACCAACACGUCGGAGGUCAUGAUGAUGAUGCGGCGGAAGUUGACCCGCCGAGGGUUGGAGAAGCGACAGGAGAAGGAGCUCAAGUGGACAGAAAUCCCCGGGGAGUACCGCCAGAAGUUCCGCGACGCGGAGGAGAAGCAGUGGCGCGAGCAUCUUCAUUUCGAUGCGCUCGAGCCCUUGGAUGAUACGCAGACAGCUUGGGUGAGAGCAAACAUCGGGGCGGAAAGAGUCUUGGGAGCCAGAUGGGCUUACAAGGACAAGAACUGGUCGCGCAGGCGACAGGGGGAGCAGGUCGAGUGGAAGUGCAAGUCCAGACUCGUUAUAGCGGGUCACAAGGACCCGGAUUUGGAGAAGGGCCAGUUGUCCACAGACUCGCCGACGAUCUCCAGACCCGGACUGCUGUGUUUGCUGCAGGUUUUGGCCAACGGUCUCCGUGCUCCAGAUCCAUGGCGACCGGUGAUAUCCAGUGAGCUCUUCAUCAGCCAGCCGGUCACCGGGUUCCCGGGCAUGAAGCCCGGACAGCUAGUCUGGGUGAAGAAGAAUAUGUUCGGGUUAGCCACCAGUCCGAGAGAGUGGUGGGAAGACCUACAAGAUGGCUUCAGGCGGGUGAAGAUCGACCUCGGCGAGGAGAACUACCAGUUCGACCA